GUUCUUAAUGAUUCUCAGUCCCGAUUUAAAAAUCUGUGACUUCAUUCAUUUUCUGUUAAUGUUUCUGCAAUUUUGUUUCAUGAAAAGAGGCGAUGCACUAAUUUGUGUUUUGUGGUCUAAUUUUUAUUAAUAAAAUUUAAUGGUUUUCCCUAUAUUUUCUGUCUUUACGCAUAUCUCGAAGUGUUCGGCCCCUACAAAGGUCAAUUUAGCUAGGAGAAGCAUUGUCCCGGCUAACGCUUCUGUUCUGUGCCCUUUUUGUUUCGAAGAGACGGAGAGUAUGACUCAUUUGUUUCUUCAUUGUAAAGUAAUCUCAGAGGCGGUUAGAGGGUCAAGUAUGAUUUUGCAAGCGGCCUGUAGCAGCACACACCGUUGAGUAGAGCAUUAGUUUGACAGAGUUUCGUCUAAAAAGAAAUUAGAAUUGUGGCAAUGACCAACAAAAAGCGAAAGAGGCACAGCAAAAAUGAUGCAUCAAACAAGAACCAGAAAUCACCAACUAACAAGGAACAAAAGAUUACAUCACCUUCUACAACUAAGCGUACAAAGUCGAAUGAAUCUUCCAGCUUUCUCGAAAAGAUGCGAGCAAGGUUAUCUGGUGGUCACUUUAGGAUGAUUAACGAGAAGCUCUAUACUUGCACCGGUAAGGAAGCACUUCAUUAUUUCCGCGAAGAUUCAUCUCUGUUUAACUUGUAUCAUGAAGGGUACAAAACACAAAUGUCUAAUUGGCCAGAAAAGCCGGUUAAUGUUAUUAUUAAGUGGCUGAAAAAACAGAACCCUUCUUUUGUUGUCGCUGAUUUUGGUUGUGGGGAAGCACUCAUUUCCAAAAGCGUGAAGAAUACCGUCUUCUCUCUAGACCUCGUCUCCAACGAGCCCGAUGUAAUUGCUUGUGACAUGGCAAAUACUCCACUAGGCUCUACAUCUGCUGAUGUUGCUGUGUUUUGUCUUUCAUUGAUGGGAACCAACUAUCAAACUUACCUUGAAGAAGCAUACAGGGUGCUUAAGCCAGGUGGGUGGCUCUUGAUUGCAGAAGUUAAGAGCAGGUUUGAUCCAAAUAAUGGAGGAGCAGACCCAGAACAGUUUUCAAAGGCUAUUUCAGAGCUAGGAUUUAGCUCUGUCAAAAGUGACUUGUCAAAUAAAAUGUUUAUUUUGUUUUACUUCACUAAAAAGGGAAAGCAAAAUUCGAAAAGGAAGGAAAUAGAAUGGCCGUCACUUAAACCUUGUUUGUACAAGCGUCGAUGAGAUUAUUACUGUUUUGUUUUAGAUUUGUAUACAUUAUUGUUAUUUGGACAAAAGUAAAAUCAGAUUUCUUGUAUUAGUUAGUUCUUUACAUUCAAGGUGCUUCCCAAACUUAUUCUUUGACUGAAAGGCUCGUAGGAUUUAUGAAAAUUGAUACAAGAAUUAGUCAAACAUUAGAAUAAGAAGACUAAUUAAUUCAAGUCUAGUUGUUUUUCUUGUUUGAA